CGACGGCGGAUUCCAUUGAAGUGGACGAUGAAAUUUUGCGAAGAAGAAAGUGGAAGGAAAAAAACGUUAUCGGAGAAGAAAGAUGGAGGUGGUUGCAGAGGUGGAAGGAAUGCCAUUGUUGCUCCAGAUCGGUGCUCCAGAUCUGUGCGGAAGAAGUUUGGGCGAAGAGAAAGAAGGCGCAGAUGAUGCACGCAGACAGAUCGGCGGAUGCGACACGGAAGCAGAUGGCGGAGGCGACACAAUGGCAUCCGGUGGAAACAAGAGCCUGAGCGGCCGCCCUUGCUGGCCGCGGAGGCGAGACGGUGUUGUUUCUGUGAGGUGGGGAGAUGAACUGCUGAACAGCUUGGAACAUGGAGAGGAUUGGUACGGACAGCUCUGGAGAUGGAAAUUUGGGACAGACUUUUUAGAUUCCAACUCACUUGUUUGUCUUUCCCUAAAUUAGUCACAUUUUUUUCCAAUGGAACUCCAGAAGUGAUUUUUAGGUCAUUGUUUCCAUAAACUCAACUCCGAUUUAAGUAUGUACACAAUAUUAUUUUUACACUUUAGUUGUUUUUGGUGUGAUAUUAUG